CGAUUCGCAUGGAUCGAGUUACUGGCUCUCUCGCAUUGCGAGGCUGCUACUCAGUUCACUCACUCAACUGUCUCUGCCGGGCGGGUGGCGCACUCCGCUUCUCACAUCCAUUCAGCUCGAUUCCGCAUCGUUGUCCGAAGAUGACCGUGACUAUUGCGGGGCCAUCCACGAGCCUAACCUCCACCAACCGCGGAGAGUAGAACCGGAGCCGAGGAGAGAGAGAGUGAGAGAGUGAGAGAGAGAGUAACCCACCUCUCUCUUGUCUCUCCCCAUCAUCUGCCUCAAUCCUCUUGGUAAACCGACAGCUGAAGACGCAACGAUUUCUGCUGAAAUCUAGCUCUCAAAAAACACUCUCACACACGUCUCGUCGGGAUAUUGUGGAAGUAAUUUCACAGAAGGAUAUUCACUGAGGAUGGAUAAUAUAAACGUGGAGUCGGUGGAGAAGGAGUGCGGCGCGCUUGGUGGAUUAUUCCAGGCGAUUGUCAAUGAUAUGAAGUGUUCAUAUCCUGUCUGGGAAGACUUCAGUGCGAAGGCCACCAAGCUGCACUCUCAACUCCGAACCACGGUUUUAGCAGCUGUGGCAUUUCUGGAUGCCUUUCAGAAGGUGGCGGAUAUGGCAACCAACACAAGAGGUGCUACCAGAGACAUCGGAUCAGCUCUGACCCGCAUGUGUAUGAGGCAUCGCAGCAUUGAGGCUAAACUACGCCAUUUUACUAAUGCUUUGAUGGAGAGCCUGAUCACUCCUCUACAGGACCGUAUUGAAGACUGGAAGAAGACAGCCAAUCAACUAGACAAGGACCAUGCCAAAGAGUACAAACGGUCUCGUCAUGAAAUAAAGAAGAAAUCUUCAGACACCUUGAAAUUACAGAAGAAAGCCAGGAAAGAGCUACAGGGCCGGGGGGACCUUCAGCCACAGCUGGACAGCGCAAUGCAUGAUGUGAAUGACAUGUACCUGCUGAUGGAGGAGACAGAGAAGCAGGCGGUGCGGCGUGCUCUAGUGGAGGAGAGAGGACGCUUUUGUACCUUCAUCAGCUUCCUGCAGCCUGUAGUGGUACAGCCCACCUCAUUCAACAUCACUUAUGUGAACUGUACAGCGGCUCAGCCCUUACACAUUACUCUGUAA